GCAGCUCCACUCAGAGUACAGGAGCACAUAUACAUGGCAUGAGUACACAGGGCCGCAUCAGGAGCACACAGUUGUACGUCGUGCACCCCAAGCUCCACCAACUUCCACGAAGCAAGUGACCGCGAAGCUACAAUCCGCCAAGUCAACUGAGGAUGAAAAUAAUACCGAAGGACCAACAUUGGAACCUCCAUUGCCGAGACGAAAGAAGUGCCCAGAGCUUGCUUACAGACAUCAUGAAUUCAUCAAUGCCGCUGACGCUGGUGGAAUUGAUGCUGUGGACACCAAUGUCGUUGCUGAUAAAGUUCGGGAGGUGACAGGAAAUACAGCGCUACCAGCGAGCCAGCUGAGCAAGGCGAUUUCACGGAUAAGUACUGAGUAUCGAUUGCAGUUCGCUUGGCCAAGGCGAGCCCAGCUGACAAAUGGCGAUGCCGUUUCCCAGCUACCAGCUGCUGGUGGUGCUGGUGGUAAUGCCGGUGGACCACCAAGAAAAUCACUGAGCAUGGGUGCUUUGAAACAAGGAAUUCCUUCCUCAGGACCUGCUCCGGUUCACAUGAAAAAAAGACCCGGAGAUGUUGAUCACAAACGUGAUGGAGUACAACCAUCUGAGCUGGAACCACUGGUGGGUAAUAAUACUGAUAAUAUUGACGGAGUUGUUCUUGAAGCUGAAGAACGUGAUGAGGAUCUUGCUGACCUCAAAGUUGCCUUCAGGUCGGUUACUAAAGAAGAAAAGGAUAAAGAAAAUACGAGAAAGGUAGCACCUAAUAUGCCACCAGCUGGAAGACCAUCAUCUGUACAAGCCAGACCAAUUUAUGAGAUUCUGCAAGAUGAUUUGAAAGCUGUUGAUACUGAGAAAGCUAUUGCACGUGAUGGUGCAUUACUGCCUUCUCCAACACGAGAGAAGCUGGAGCCAGUAGUGCCACGACGUCGUGACGACUCUAAGGAAUCUACUCAUCGGGAAGAAAUUCAACCACGAACCAAAUCAAGCCCGAAGAACAGUCCUCGAACAGGACGUUCCCAGAGCAUGGGUCCAUUAAGCAGAUCUCCAAAGCGACAGACACCUAGAACACCAUCAGUUAGCAAAGACAUAAAGGAAAAAGAAAAGGAGCAUAAAGAUAAAGAAGCGAGAGACAGAAGUGGCGAGCCAGAAAGGCAUCCACGUCCGACCUUCCUCGCGACAACCGCUUCCCCUCGUCCUCUUCAUCUAGCCGCGAAAACAAAUUUACCACCAACAACAACAACUACAACAACUACCACAACAACAAAUACAAAAGUAACCCCAAAUAAGCUUCAUCAAAGCGCGCGAGAGCGCUCCGAUGGCCGGUCAGGCAUCAGAUCAGCCUCAGCAGCAGCAACUUCCUCGGGCUCGAGGUCACUGGACCGGGUCACCAGUAAUAACCGAAAAAAUUUGAGCUUAAGCCAUAGUCCAGCCUCAAGAGCCCGAGGAUCCGCCAAAGCCAAGGCGACAUCCGCGCCUACUGCUGAUCACCCAUCCAAAUCAUCCUCCACCACCACCGACAAUCGAAUUCAAUCGUAUCGAGCUAAUGCAGCCCUGCAAGCUAUGACCGCGGAGCCGCAUAUGAAUGGGGAUGGAACGGGCGGCGAGUCAAGCGUGGCGUCGACCCCCCCGUCGCAAGCUGCCACCGUGUCAGCACCCGCGGCGACCGCGGUGGUAACAAGCUGCCCGUGGUUCGACGACGAGCCCGUGAUAAAGAGUCCACCGGAGCCAACCCGGGUAAAGAGUCCAGAGCAGAUGAUAAUGCGCUCCCCCGAGCCGGUGAAUUGGACAGUGCCACUGGACACCGGCAAGACCUUCACGGUGACGCAAAACGUCCUCGAGGGGGAACCGCUGACGAGACCUCACAGCGAAGCGAAAACCUGGGCAGCACCAACAGUUCACUCAACACCGCAAUCAGCACCGCCGGAACUAGCAGCUCUGCACAAAUCUCAUCCGCAACAGCAUUCUCAGCAUUCGGGCUACAAGUCCCCCGAGAGCGAGAGUGUCUCACUGGGGAGCUACACCGGGCUAAAUGGCCACAAGGACAUGGACUCAGAGAGGGACAGUCCAUUACCAACCAAUCUACAGUGUACACCCACUCCAACCCAAAGUGAUAAGGUUUCAGUAGCAGUAGAGAAACCCGACGAACCCAAGAACCCAGCGAUAAAACCCGUAGCAGGUACAAGUUUGCGGUGCCUAGAAGAUCCAGUCUUUGAAUUUGAGAAGAGCAAAGCAGAGACAGCUGCAACAGCACCAACAACGACCUCAACAACAUCCGGCGGUUCCGGGUACCGCGUCCUGGAAGCAGAGGACCCGGCAUCGGAGGUGACUGCACCCGUUGCCACAGGAUCCGGUUAUCACGUACUUGAAGCACCAGCUUUGAGUCCAGGUUCAGCUCAACGAUCGGUCGCGAGUGACGUGCUCGAGAUUGCUCGCAAUAGAUUUGAUAAAUUCUGGGGCAAGGGCUCUGAUAAUCAAGCUUAA